GGGCGGGGAAUGGCGGCCCGGUAAGGAGCGGGCCCCGCUGCCUGUCGCAGCUAUGGCGCGGCUCGGCGCUCGCCCCGGCCGGUCGAUGGAGGUGCUGGCGCUUCUCUGCUGCCUGCUGCGGGCGGGCAGCACCGCCGCCCUCCUGGCGCCGGCAGGCACCCGGCUUGGGGAGGAGGGCGGCGGCAGCAGUGGCCUGGGGCGCCCUCCGUGGGACGGAGACGGCCGGGAGAAAGAAACGGCGGCAGCAGCGCUCCGGGAAAGUGCUAAAAGAAUUAGAUUACUGAAUUCACCAUCAAAAGAUAAUAUGACUGCUUUCUAUGGAAUAAAUCAGUUUUCUCACCUGUUUCCUGAAGAGUUCAAAGCUAUUUACUUAAGAAGCAUACCUCACAAACUUCCCAGAUACAUAAAAGUGCCAAAGGGAAAGGAAAAACCUUUGCCCAAGAAGUUUGACUGGAGGGACAAGAAAGUCAUUGCAGAAGUGAGAAAUCAGCAAACAUGUGGAGGCUGCUGGGCUUUCAGCGUUGUGGGUGGCAUAGAGUCUGCCUAUGCAAUUAAAGGAAAUAACCUGGAGGAGCUCAGCGUACAGCAGGUUAUUGACUGUUCAUACAAUAACUACGGCUGCAGCGGGGGAUCCACUGUUAGUGCUUUGAGCUGGCUCAACCAGACAAAAGUAAAACUUGUGAGAGAUUCAGAAUACACUUUUAAAGCUCAGACAGGACUGUGCCAUUAUUUUGAUCACUCAGAUUUUGGAGUUUCAAUAACAGGAUUUGCUGCAUAUGACUUCAGUGGUCAGGAAGAAGAAAUGAUGAGGAUGCUCAUUAACUGGGGCCCUUUGGCAGUAACAGUCGAUGCGGUUAGCUGGCAGGAUUAUCUUGGUGGGAUCAUACAAUAUCACUGCUCCAGUGGAAGAGCAAAUCAUGCUGUUCUAAUCACUGGUUUUGACAGAACAGGUAGUAUCCCUUACUGGAUUGUACAGAACUCCUGGGGGCCUACAUGGGGAAUAGACGGCUAUGUUCGUGUUAAGAUAGGCAGCAAUGUCUGUGGUAUAGCAGAUACUGUUUCAUCGGUAUUUGUUUGACCCUUACUGGUCAAAGGCAACAAUAAUCAUUUGGAUAAUAGUUUGCUACACACUUUAUGUGAAGAUAUACUUCAAAGCAUUUCUAAAUAAGAAAUUACCCUUAAGGGCAAUUCCUGCUUUUAGGCAGAGCAGGACUGUGUUGGCUGGAAUUUUUAGAAGUGUUUUUAUUUGGAAAGUGUGUUGCAUAUCAGAUCUAUCAUGGAAUAAGAAGACUCAACUUCUUUUUACAUACUCUGCAGUUGAUUCUAUGAAGAGGGACUGAAACUGUGAACAUGAACCCUGUCUGGGUGUUUGAAUACUACUCCAUAAAAAAAAAUCAGGGAAAGAAGUGAUGACAAGUAGUAAGGGAUUUGGAUUAAAUAAUCAAUGAUAUGCGUAUGACAGAAUGCAAUCAAAGUGCUUUGAAUAUAAGAAGAACCACAAUUAUGUCUGCUUAUAUUGCAGAGGAGGAAUGGCAGUUGGAAGAAAAUAUUCCCUCUGUUUUGCUUUGAUAUCUGUCAGAGGUGCUAGAAAAGCCAAGAUAAAAACACAUACUUUUGUCUUACUCCUUUUUGUGAAGUCCUACUUUUUCUCUAAAGCUAGAAUAAUAGAAGAGAGGAAUAGAGAGUCAAAGUUGUUUCCUGAACACACGCUCCCUCUGAAGUGCUGCAGUUCUCCACUAUCAGUCUUCAGACCUUUAUUGGGUAAAUAUAACUUCAGAGCAGGGACUGUAUUUAGAAAGUGCCUGGAAUAUCAGUCUUCUGCAUUAAUUUGUUAAAUGGAUAGAAAAAUAACAAGUAAUUGUAGUUAGACAAACCAAGGUAGUUCCAGUGGUUUAACAUCCUGUGUCCUGGCAGGAUGCAUGUUUUUGCAGAUCAGCCUUUCCAUGCUUUGAGACCUCUAUCAGUUCCAUGCCUUCUCUCUUCUGUACUUUACAAUUAACAGUAAAGUCCAUUGCGAAGCAUAAAUUAAAAACCUUAUUCAUUAUACAAAUUAACCAUUUUUUCUAUAAUGAAUAAGGUUUUUAAUUUAUGUAAUGGUUUUUAGAAUGGUUAAUUUAUAUUUACCACCUCUAGAAAGUCAGCCAUUACAGAAUACUCCAAAUGGAGGGGGUGUUAAAUGUCCCUACAUUAGUUGAAUUCAUAGGUGGGACUUGCUGGGAAUCAAGAGGUGAUUCCAGCCCUGCUGACCUGUAAAAUUGCACUUGCAGACAAAUGUAGCUAGAAUUCACAACCAAACCUGUAAAAUGCUCUGAACUUUCAUCUGGAAUGGUUUACCUCUAUUCUUUCUGAAGCACUACCAUGAAAAGUAUUGAAGCAAUAUUGUAAUUUUUGCAUUCGAUUACUGUAUCAUGUUUAUAGAUCAGUGUAUUAUUAUCUUCUUAUGACAAAUGCAAUCAUAAUUGCCUAUUGUAAGUAUUUUCAUUUCAGGCCUUCUACUUUUAAGUGUUAAUAAUUUUAUAUGAAAGGAAGACCAAGUGCUAUGUUUUACUACUUCAUGUUCUACUGCUUACUGAAUUUACUGGCUGAAAACUUCCAGUUAACAAAGAGGAUAUCUUC